AGACCCACGCGUGUGAACGGUAACGAACUAACGCGUGCUCUCGGACACUCGGACUCUGAGCAACAGCAGUAGCAGCAGUAUCUAAGUCGGUCAAAAAUCCGCAGAAAUUGGACCAUCGAAAACCGGACUUACAACGAGCGGAGGGUGCCGCACAGUGUUGUAACCAUUACCUUGCUUUGUUGUAACCAAAAUAAACAAACUACGACAGAAGGCCGUUGCUGGUUUCAUUCGCUACCUAACAAAUAAAAUUUCCGUUGAUUGGUUGGUGAAUUCAAAACAACAGUGAGAUUGUAAAUCCCAGUUCGUGUCAUAGUAUUCCGCUAGGUUAAUGUUAGCUUAGCUUGAGAGUGGCAACAAGUGGUUUUAGAUUUUAGAUUUUUAGCUCGUGUUCUUCCUGUUUAAGUGUCAGUAUGGAAAUGACGACCAAAACAAAGGAUGGUCGGGUCGUGACCACGUACCAAUUUCCGGUACGACCGGAGAAGAAAACCCUCGGCCAGAUGUUGUACGACAAGGAAUCGAAAAAGAUUCUGGGCCGGACCACCGACAUGUGGGGCAAACUGUUGCUGUUUUACACAAUUUUCUACAUCUUGCUGGCAAUGCUGGUAGCUAUCUGUAUGCAAGGACUACUCUCCACACUGAACCACCAGUAUCCCAAAUGGCAACUAGACGAGUCCAUUAUAGGAACCAGUCCCGGGGUGAAUUAUCGACCAUUGCCAGCUAAUCCGGAACAAGAAGCGACAUUGCAGUAUGUGGCUGCCAACCGUAGCGACGUUAAACUGUGGGUUGAUCGACUGAACGAAUUCCUAGCGCCUUACCAAGAUCCAACACUCCUUCCUGGCGGAGGCAAAAAUCAAGUCAUCUGUGAUUUCAAUACUCCACCGACAGGCGGAAACGUGUGCGCCGUUGACGUCAGCAAACUUGGACCAUGUUCAAGCAGCGAAGGUUACAGCUACAACAAAUCUGCCCCAUGUAUAUUUGUGAAAUUAAAUAGGAUCUACGGCUGGACACCGGACUACUACAACGAUGCUAACGAUCUACCUCAAGAUAUGCCUACCGAUUUGGUAGAUCACAUUAAAUCCCUUCCGGAAGGGCCGGAACGUCAGCAAGUUUGGGUUUCCUGCAAGGGCAUAUCAGCAGCCGAUGCUGAAGCAGUGGGACCAAUCGACUACUACCCGAACCGUGGACUGGCCUCGUACUACUAUCCAUACACCAACAAAGCUGGCUAUCUGAGUCCCCUGGUUGCGGUCCACUUUGCGCGUCCUACAGUGAAGCGCAUGAUCAACGUCGAGUGCCGUGUGUGGGCCAAGAAUGUAGUUUACCAAGGAGGAAUGCGUGACCGCCGAGGAUCGGUACAGUUCGGACUGCAGAUCAACUAGACUAAAUUAGUACUAGUGAAUGUUAUUCUAUCGACGACGGUUAAAUUAAACGACGCAAUGCAUAUUACUGGAAAUAUGAUGAUUUAGAACACCCUCACGGCUCAUACCGGAUGUACAUACUGCUGUCUUCCGUGAUAAUUGUUGUUAUUUUUUUGUUCUUUACUACAGUCUGAUUAUUGCCACGUUUAUGAUGGCACCCGUUUGAAUUUGUUUCGGUAAUUUAUUGUGCAUCAUUUUUGUAAUUACCUGCCCCCUACCGAGUUGCGCAAUUUGAGGCGCAAUUGUAAAACGAAUGACGUUGGACAGCUCCAAUGAACUUGUUUACUUAACUGAAAUGUGAUUAGAGAUUUAUUAGAAUGAAAUAAUAAA